CGCGCUUCUCGGAAGACGCUCUAGUCCGCCCAUCUCGGCGGCGCGGGCUCGCCGGGCCGUGGCUGACGUUGGACAACAAAGAUGGCGGCGGGGAGCAGCAACUACUGGGAAGAUCUCAGGAAGCAGGCGAGGCAGCUGGAGAACGAGCUGGACCUGAAGCUGGUCUCUUUCAGCAAACUCUGCACCAGCUACAGCAGCACCCGAGACGGAAGGCGCGACAGGUAUAGCUCUGACACAACUCCCCUCUUAAAUGGAUCGAGCCAGGACAGAAUGUUUGAGACCAUGGCUGUGGAGAUUGAACAACUUCUGGGAAAGCUUACUGGAAUAAAUGACAAAAUGGCAGAAUACACAAAUAGCGCAGGAGUCCCGUCCCUGAAUGCUGCACUGAUGCAUACAUUACAGCGUCAUAGAGACAUAUUGCAGGAUUAUACGCACGAAUUCCACAAAACCAAAGCAAACUUCUUGGCGAUACGAGAGAGGGAGAAUCUGUUGGGAUCAGUACGAAAAGAUAUCGAAUCAUAUAAAAGCGGGUCUGGAGUGAAUAACAGAAGAACAGAACUAUUCCUGAAGGAACACGAACACCUUCGAAACUCAGAUCGACUGAUAGAAGAAACAAUAAGCAUUGCCAUGGCAACUAAAGAAAAUAUGACUUCGCAGAGAGGGAUGUUGAAGUCAAUACAAAGCAAGAUGAAUACCUUGGCUAAUCGGUUUCCAGCAGUGAACAGCCUGAUUCAAAGGAUCAACCUUCGGAAACGACGAGAUUCUCUCAUCUUGGGUGGCAUUAUUGGCAUCUGCACCAUCUUACUGCUGCUAUAUGCUUUUCAUUGAUGGAUGUUCCCCCAUGGACUCUGCUAAACUCACCACCACCAUCCCUCCCCCCCAGUCAAGGAAAAGUGAGUGGGGGAAGCGACAGACUUCAAACAGCCUGCUCGUUACGGCUGGGAGUAUCAGCAUGAUGUCUAGAGCUUACGAUGGUAGACUGCGACACUGGUUUUGGGUUGAAGCUGCAGUGUUUCUCCUUCCCUGUCACACAUACAUCUUCUUUUGGGUUAUGUUUUGGGGGAUUUGUUUGUCUUUAAUUCCCUUUCUCACUGCAAGGUAAGUAAAUAUGGGACGCUUACCAGAACCGGCAGAACAUUUUCUGUGCUCAGCGGUGCUGGGGGAGGUCUGUCGUUUGCUGGUAAGUGGAAAAAGAUUGUUGGGCUUGCCUUGGGUAGAAACUCUGCAAGAAGCUGGUUUCCCCUGUAGGCCAAGCACAGUACUGAACACUUUUACCCUGUGAGAAGAAUAUUGCAGCUUUAAGCCGUCAGGUUGCUUUACUACUACACGUUCUGUAAUUCCUUUUAACUCAUGGUUGAGAUACUAGUUAUUUCUGCAUAAUUUGUGCUGUGAAAACUGUGCUUCACAUGAAUUCCUCAAAGUAAAAAAAGGAUUGUUCAGUUCACUUUUUGCACAGAGUAUGAAUAAACUACUCUCUGAGGAAGAUUUGUAAGGUUUCUUGUGGCUUUAAAGGGACUAACAAGUCCUCCUUUGUAAAAAGGGAGCACGGUGUCCUAGCAGCUGUUUACUGUAGUGUUCAGUCAUCUGAAAAGUGACCAAACAUGAGUUCACCUAAAAGGACUCUUUUGGGUGUAAAUAGUUUGAUUUGACUGGCAUCAUAAAGGUCUUUAUAAAGACACAAUAAGCAGUUUGAAAAGUCUAUAUUGUAAUUUAGAUAAAGUUAUUCUAAUAGCAUUAAUAUUUUUACAUUGUUAGUAGGAUAUAAUCUAAACUGUCAAUUGGAAAUGAAAAUUAUCGUGGUUAUACCUGAGGCAAAUGUAUCUGCGUGCAAAAUUUUUGGACAUAACUCCUCAUAGUAAAGAGUUGAAUGUAUGAAUAGUGAAACAAGUAUUAUUUACCAUUAUCUGGGGGGAAAAAUUUAUUUUUUGUCCAGACAUGCAACACGAAUCCUGUUGUGUUUGUGUCUCCAAACAAAGAUGACAUCAGGAAUGGCUUUGAUAUUGCAAAUUCACAAAUUACAGAUUUUUCUGCUCUUUCAACAACUCUUUUCCAUCUGUCAUAUCAUAACCCAAUAAAUUUAAACUGAGGCACUGAAAUAUCUUUCUAAGAAUUUUAUUAACUCUUUUCACAAUCAUUUUACAGUGCUCCUAACAGAUUUCAUGUAUGCCAUUACCCACAAAUGUCAAAUGGUCUCCAGGUUCUCCUCUGGAACAGAGUCUAGCAGGACAGACGCAAUUUUUUACUGCUUUUUACAGUGUCUGCGAAGUACCUGUUGGAGGGAGUAGAGACUUGUGCCUGUGUAGCGAGCAAAACCACAGUGUUGCGCCUAAAAUGUUUGUAUGAAUUUGAAGGCUUAUUUGCAGACUUUGUGCUAAAAAGUCAACAAAAGCUUCUAAUCAGUCAUCUUGUUGUUGGGAUUAGAAAGCAUUUGGAAUUAAUACAGUUAAAACUGCGGGGCUUAUAUUUUAAAUAAAGGGUGAUCAUUUUGUUGAUUUGGGAUUGUUCCUGGUUUGAAAUGAAGUGUUCAUUAAAGGGGUUUAUGAAAACCCUUGAUGGAUAAAGGAGGUCUAUUAUCGAGUUUGUGUGUUGGGAGAGCAAACCUCUUCUCCCCGAUGCUUUUUUCUUUGAUUCCUUCACCACCACCCUAAGGGACCCUGAUCAGCAGUCGUGCUUCUGUUUAGGAUUUGUAGGAUAUGGUUGCUCUAUAGUUGGCAAUAUAAGAUCUGCAGUACCGUAAAUAAAUUCAUUUAUUUAAUCUUAUAACCAGUCUUUUUACUGGACUUAAUUGAUUUGGUGCAUAUAUUUAAUCUUAUUGUGUGAAAAAGCUGCUAUGGAAAAUAUGUAGAUUAUAAUAAAUAUGUAAACAUAAUUGAUUUUUCAUGUUAUGAAAAUGUGAUGGAGGAACGGAUAUAUUUUAGUAUAAAAUAACAGAAAUGUGCUGAAUUACCUCUGAUAAAGCUUUACUGGAAAUGGUCUCAGUGUUGGCAGCCCCUCCACGGUUUUUAUUUGUAUUGGUUUUGAGACAGGUUUUUUUUCAAAAAUACAUUUAAUUAACCUUGUAGUCUCCCCUUCAUCAUCAUCUUGUAGUCGCCUAGCAAUGUGAGCAGGCGUUUUGCAUUGCUCUCAGAAGUGGUGUGCUUGCACGGAGCUGAGGGGAAAGCCUUGCUAAUUCUCCUGAACGUUUCUAACAACAUGGACCUAUAGUUAGGGUAGUGGAACGUGUAUAAAAACAGAGGAUUGUAGUAUUUAAUCUCAACUCCCAAAUUAUAGGUUUGUGUGGCUCCUGUUGCAAAAUAUAUUCUCUUCGGUUUUUCAUUCUGUGUGGUUCCUCUUGCUCUAAGGGAAAAAAUGUGGUUAAAGAAUUCUCGUUUCUGCAAUUCCUGGCAAAGUUGCAGUUUCAUAACCAAAUAGAAUUGUCCUAAGAAAAUUAUUGCUAAGCCAUACAAAUGAAGUGAGUAAAUACAUAAUAUUUCUACAGAGCACGUUUCACACACACACACACACACACUUUUUAAAUUUCUGCUUUAUUCUUGCCAGUACACAAGCACCUAUGCGAAACCCAUCCGACAACCCCUUAGCUCGGCACCAAAACGUAAAGGAUCGUAUUGAUAACUUCCAAUGCCACGCUUCACGUAGACACGAAUAUUUUUAUUCUUGUUUUUUAGACAAUGGGGUUUUUUACAUGUUUAUCUGAUGCUGGUUGCUAGAGCAGAGGAAUGGCAUUUGGGCAACACCCAGUAUUGCGUGUUCAGUGAAUAGUGAGCGUUCGUGUGGCUGUGGCCCAGACCGCAGCAGUCACUUAUCCCCAGCCCUCGUGGGAGCGUGCCUGAGCAGGGGUGGAGGCAGGGCUUUGCUCUCCGGGUGCUGGGACCAAGCAGCAUGGUGCUUCUGGUAAUACAAGAGUUUGCCCUUCCUGGGAAGGCACAACACUUUUUCUUAUUCAAUAUUGAUUUCAGGAGCUUUUGCAUAUCGAAGUGUGGUAUAAAUUCCUACUGGAUUCAUUACACUGAAUAAUCAACUAGAAUUUUUCAUUUGUGGUUUUAGAAAUCCUUUCUUUUGGACAGUCUUACGAUUACUGUGAGAAGAGUCAGUUCUUUGCUGGAUGUCGAAAACGAAAGAGCAAAAGUGGAUUUUCAGGUGAUAUGAAAGUUUCAGAUAACUUGUUGAUGGUUUGUCCUCCCUGAAGCUCCCCCAAAACUGCUACACAGGGAGCAAAGUCAGGUCCACCACUUCUGAUUGUGUCACUCAUUUAGUCAGGACUGUUUUAGCUCUCUAAACCUAGCAGCUAGUUUCCCAAGAUCACUUGAUGCAUAACCUUUUCCUAUUUUUACUUUUUUUUUUUUUUUUCCUGAAGCUUUCGUUUGAAACAGGAAGGAGAGGUAACAGCUGUAUCAGUUCUGAAGGAGGAAAUAAUUCUGAAACUCCUUAUAACAGUGUGGGAUUAUGAAAUCGUGCAGUGGUUCUGUUGAGCAGUGUGCAGGACAGGAGACCUCAGUGAAAGAUACACUGAGACAAAACUGAGCCAUAUCCUAGGUGACAUCUGCAAGUCCUCUUGGUGCCCUGUAUCUCUCCUGUCGACUGGAUAUUUGAAACCAGUGUGAUGUUUUCAGUUCCAAAUACAUAAGCGGUUGUUGGUCUGUCUACUACUGAGUGCGGAAAACAGUUUAAAUAAACACUCAAGACAAAAAACAAGACCCUUUCUCACAAAAUAUCCCAGUCCAGACCCUUGUAAACAAUUUUCUGAUUGCACUUUCUGAUUUUUUGCUUUUCAUAUAGCUUCUUGAAACUUAUUUUAUUGUAACUGUAAUUAUUUUUGUUCUCACCUAUUGUGCAUUCUCUGUAUGUAUUAAAAAAAGCUUUGAUAUGUAAUUUAAUAAUAAAUUAGAAUUCUAAGCAAGGU